AUAGUCGAGGUGAAUUUCUUGGAUCGCAGGAGGGUCUCGCCUGGCGCAAUUUCCACGUCGGACGUGCAAAAUUGGAUAGCUCCACGUACAGCUCAAUUAUUCUUGCUGCCUUCGGAAUGGACGUAAUGUCCGCCUACGCCUUCACUUAUCCGUCAAACGUCCCUUCCUGGCUGAUGACCCUUCUCUCGGUCAACACCGUCGCGGUCAUAGCGAUGCACUGCCUGGCCUUUAUCAUCGGCACGUGGCUCUCCCCAUACAUGCACGCCACCACCAAAGAGUACCACCCGCCCUCGGAAGGUCCCCUCGAGAAAGUGCCGAAUUUUUUGCCGCACGCCAGGUUCAAGGGUUACAUUCGCUUGAGCCACCGAAUUUCGCACGUCGGCGGCCUCUUCGUUUUUCUCGUCGAGAUCGUUUUGAUCGCGUGGGUCAAGUUUUGGGACGUGUCGCUCAAGGCCUGCGUCGCCAGCACGGUCAUCAUGCUGCCGUUCAUGAUGGCCUUCGUGUUUUUCUGGUGGUACUUCCACUUCAGCUACAACACGCAAAUCUACCUCAACAGAAUUGAAGUCAUCGAUAAUGUGGAAUUGCUUUACAAUCAAAUGAAACGCGACGCUUGCACUUAUGCGUGUUCCAAUGAGAAUUUGGACCAAAUUUCUAAUAGGAGGAUUAGUACUGCGGGUGAUUCCUACAACUGCACAAGGAGGAGAUCAUUGCCAACUAAAUAUCCUAGCAUGUAA